AACACAAAAUAAUUGUGUUUGGUGUUUUUAGAAUUGUCUCGAUGAGCACUAGCUGUUUGUGGAUAGAAAAGUACAGUCAGCGAUAAAAUCUUACACCAAAAAUGAAGUUUUUGCCAAAACUUAUUAUACACCGUGUUUUUUCUGAUUCCCGGGCAUAUGCUCAAUUGCUCAUAUUAAGAGCCCCCGGCAAACUCGGUCGAAUUUCACCUCCCCAUACAAACGGAGUUUGGUUCUCAGUUUAAAACUACGUGUUGGAUUGUAAUAAAACUUUGCACAUACAAUGACAUGAGGUAUAUCUAGGGCUGAAACUAGUUUAUAUUGCUCCACCUUGCACCUUAUAAAACAAACAACAUAGAGCAAAAACAAGUUUUGUAUGAAAAUCUUAAAUUCGCUGUAUUUUUUUAAACUAUGGUAUCUGAGGCUACACAAACUAAUUACAGCCCUAGGUAUACCUUAUCCUAUUAUAAGUACCAAGUUUCAGAGCAAUCUAGCUAGUCGUUUUAAAAUGAGAACGUAAGUACGUUUCUAUGGAGAACCGAGCUUGCUGGGGACCCUAAAGUAUACUCAAAUAGCACGCUUAUUAGCAUGCUAUUGCAGAGCACGUGUAACAGUACCUUCAUCAUCAUCUCAGCCAUAAGACGUCCACUGCUGAACAUAGGUCUCCCCCUUAGACUCCACAUGUACCGGUUGGAAGCGACCCACAUCCAGCGUCUUGAGGCGACCUUAAUAAGGUCGUCGGUCCAUCUUGUGGGUGGACGUCCUACACUGCGCUUGCUAGUCCGUGGUCUCCACUCGAGCAAUUUUCGACCCAAACGGCCAUUGGCUGCCCAUUGCCACUUCAGCUUGCUAAUCCGAUGGGCUAUAUCGGUGAGACCGAACAGUAACUUAAGGAUUAUUAAUUUAAAACCUAUAAAACCUACCUGCCUGUAACUGCUUUCGUAAUUUUUCUAAGAUUGACAACUGUUGACAAUGACUGUCAAAUUAUAACGCCAAAACAUGGUGUUUACUCACUUUUCACCCUAAAUUUACAAAAUCUAUUAUAAAUUUGUAGUUUUAUCAACGAAAAGACUGUUGGAUAUGAGCGAGAGCGUGGGGAAGAAACUCUUCAUAGCACGAUGCGCUCCUUGCCACUCUAUGGAGUUGGGAGCAAAGCAUAAAGUGGGACCCAACCUUUUCGGAUUUUUUGGAAAAAGGUCCUGCACAUCUGAAGGCUUCGCAUACUCCGACGCUAUUGUGAAAAAGGCAUAUACUUGGGACGAGGAGACCCUGAACAGGUUUAUAGAAGACCCCAGGAGAGACGUCCCCGGCACCAAGAUGCUGUUCGUGGGGCUCAAGAAACCGCAGGAACGAGAGGACUUGAUGGCUUACUUUAGGAAAAUGUCCAAGUAAAGGCUCAGUUGCAAAUUCGUGAGGUUUUGUUACCGGGUUUUCACCAUGGUGACAAUUUUCACCUGACAGUGACAUAGUGCCGUACAUUCCUGGUUCAACAAGUAAAUAUUGCUAUGCUUUGACACUAGAUGUCUCAAGUGUAGCGACUGACGAGAAUUGUUUUUCUCAACAAUUUACAAUUAAUAUUACAAGCUAGACUUUUCGUUCGUCGGGACAUCUAUUGUCAAGUCAAGUUGGAAAAUACUUAAUCGCUGUAUUUUUUUAACCAUAGUAUCUAAAGCUACUUAAACUAAUUACAAGCAUAGAUAUACUUUAUCCUAUUGUAAGUACAAAGUUUCGGAGCAAUCUAGCUAGUCGUUAUAAAAUGAGAGCGUAACUACGUUUGUAUCGAGAACCGAGCUUGCUGCAAUAUAUUCAGUUAUUAUUGUAAAUCAACGCUAUAAUAUGUUAUUCCUUUUUCAUUUUCGUUACUAAAACAGGUGCGAAAUUCAGUAUAGGGACCGUGCGCGUUGGAGGGUCUGCCAUCUUGUGUCGGAACAAUAAACAUCACAUUUACACCUCGUGCCAAAAGUCUGACUGCUCCUGUGCUGCCUCCUACAGUUCAUGCACGCUCCCUAUUCUAAUUGUCUUCUGUGUUAUACUUCGUGUCAUCGACGUUGACGCGCAGAUUUGUCAGAUCUAACCUUUAUGACGAAAGGGGUUUCUUCAUACAAACGUAGUUCCUAUCUUCCUAUCUGGAUAUUGACAUUAUGGAAAAUAUUUUUGUAUAAUUAUGUGUAUAUUAACUGUAGGGGACGUUUGACUUUUUUCGAUUUUUGAUAAUUGUAUAGAUGAAGAGAAAAAGUGAUUUCAUACAAAUUUUUAAAUGCUCCUAACGCUUAUAAUAAUUUAAAAAUUCGAAAAAAAUCAAACGUAUGACCGAUAGGGAGCGUGCAUGAACUGUAGGAGGCAGCACAGGGGCCGACAUAUUUUUGGCGCGAGGCGUAAAUGUGAUGUUUAUUGUUUCGAUGUAGCCCACAAGAUGGCAGAACCUACUAUGCACAAGAAAACGCGUGACGUGUAAAUGUACAUGUUUAUGGUUCCGAUUCAGGCCACAAGAUGGCAGACCCUCCAACGGCUCCAACGAGCACGGUCCCUAUAGCUGUGUUAAAAUAUUUUCAAUAAUGUCUAUAUCUAGGGAGGAAAAUGAGGACUACGUUUGCAUGGAAAGGCGAUUUCGGACGGGUCCUCCUCUUUCGUCUAAAUAACAUUACAAUACAUAACAAGCCACGCGUCUUCGUAAAUGACACGAUCCUUACAUUUGUGCUGCCAUUUUUUUUAGUCAUGAAAUUGCUUGGUCAAAAUAUUUUAGAUCUGAAAGAAUUUUUGAAUACGAAAUUGUAAAAUGUGUGCCUAAAUUGAGUAAACGAUUUGAUUAUUUA